AUGGCCGCCGAGUCUAGUAUUUCCGGCACGGCUCAGAAUUUCGGAAGGCAGAGAACCCUCAAAGCCUUCACUCACGCGCUUGCUCAAAACAUAACAAAGUCCCACAUAAUUAUGGACGACAUCCAAUCAAUCUCACCGUUGACGAGUGAUGCCCCACUUUCUGAUUCCAUUUCAAUCAUGCCUUCACAAGAAGACAGUCAACCGCGCCAAGACCCUCCACUGCAUUGCCAUGUCAUCGUCUCGACGAUGAAUCCAGCGGCGGGACGAGGGCGCCGCAUGGCCAAAGGCAAAAACCGCGCCCAGUGUCCCUUUUCGGUGGUGACAGUGUCGACCAAGCGGAAGCGAAAGCGCGACACUCGAGAAACCGAGCAAGAGCUAUUGCAAAGAUCGCCCUUCCAGCCCAAGGGAAGGUUUUUGACGCAUGACACAAUGGACUUGGCGUAUAUCGUCGAGCCGCAUAAGCGGUGGUCUGACAUGACACGCUACAACAGCUUUGUUUGUAAGACUCCCAACAGUGCAUUCUCUGGCGAUCAGAAUGAUAACAAUGAAGCACCUUCAGUGAACAGCGUGAAGUACUACAAUGAAGAUUUUGUUUAUGUGGCGACCGAUCGGGCCAUCGCACAACAUAAGACUAGCGAUGGGGGAUCCGAACAUCACGGCUUGCUCCAGCUCUCCGACUGCUGGGUGGCCAAAAUACUUGAGAUCAGGGCGCGGGAUCAACACCACGUCUAUGCUCGUAUUUGCUGGAUGUACUCACCGAACGACUUGCCUUCCAAGGCACUCGACAACAACAAGCUGGUAUCAGGACGCCAAGCUUACCAUGGACAAAACGAGUUAAUAGCGUCCAACCACAGUCACCAGUGGAUAUCAUCGAGGCUGUCAGUGUUGUUAUGCGCGCUCAAGUCAGGCAGUGGGUGGAGUCGGACGAUGAAGCGGUGCAAGAUUCGCUGUACUGGCGGCAAGCAUUUGACUGUCGAACGUCUGAGCUCUCGGUAUGACCUACGGGAUCCCAUCUACAUAUGGCAAAAGGCUAAUCUUUCGGUGCUAGACUGUCGAUCUCACAUGUUAUUUUGCGAUCAAUGGCUUCAUUACGAGUGUCUUCUGCAUGCCUGUCUCAUGAGUGUCUACGAGCAGCUGGGCACAGACAAGCCGCAUAAGACAGAGUUGGCAUCGAAGGGGCAAACUGUGGUAAACCCACAGCCAGACGUACAAGCAAACAUAGCAGCAAAGGAGGCCGACACGACAAAGCCAGCUGCUGGUGAGAAAGAGAGUGAGAAGCCUUACUCAAAGUUAGAGUGCACAAACGGCCUCACAUUACAGCCAGCCGGUACACCGGAUAUUGCAACAGAAGUCAUGGAAGUGGCGCACGACAAGCUUAAUCAGUCGGAACAUAUAACGGAAUCGGGCAGAAAGGAAAGAGGAAAUGGCGCGCCAUACGCCGGCCUUUUCGAUGCAAAGCUUCGGUUAGAUCGAAACCAUGCGGUAUGGGAGGUGGCUGAUCUGCGGCAAAACAUCCCUUGCGGCGAUCGAGAAUGGGAAUUGGACGUCAAAUGUUUGGUCUGCGGUUCUACAAUCACGUAG